CCCUCCAUCAAGACCUGAUCUAUUUCCCCCCCAAAGAAAUUAGCGUAUUCAUGAGGUUACGCAAAUGUGGAGGCAGUGAAAAUUACCGUAAUCAAUUGAAACAGCAAGUGUGCAUCCAUGGCUCUGAUUAUUUGAAGAUCAGCCUGGUGUCUGUGUAACGAGGAGAGGGGGCCACUGAAUUACUGCCCAGUUUCACUCACAGGUCCAUGAUCAUUGGGCAAAAGGAGUUUGGUCAGUGAUAACAGGGCUUCUUAGUCUGCCCACAGAACUCUUUUAGCCAACAUUAGAUAGGUGACUGUGUCCUGCUGAAAGGUGCUGUUUUGAAAGUAAAACCCUCACUGUCCACAGCGUCUGCAGCCAGAGUCUCCGUAAUAUCCUUCUCUUAACAAAAGGGAGGAAAACACAAGAUAACCUGAGCAUGGAGGUCAGGUACAGCCAAGACACGGACGGCAUGGUGCUGAAGAAUGGACUAAAGGAGGGGAAGGACGGCAAGGAUGGCAAGGACUCCCAGAGCAGCUUGUCCAAAAGCUUCCUAAAGGAGCAGCAGGACUCCUUCUCCCCGUCUGGGACUCUGGACAACUGUGAGAAGAACAGAGGCAGCGCAGCAGACCCAGACUACUGCCGCAGAAUACUGGUCCGAGAUGCUAAAGGCUCAAUCCGCGAGAUUAUCCUGCCAAAGGGCCUGGAUUUGGACCGGCCCAAAAGAACCCGGACCUCGUUCACUGCAGAGCAGCUUUACCGCUUAGAGAUGGAGUUCCAGAGGUGUCAGUAUGUGGUCGGGAGAGAACGCACUGAACUGGCUCGCCAGCUCAAUCUAUCUGAAACACAGGUUAAGGUCUGGUUUCAGAACCGACGCACUAAGCAGAAAAAGGACCAGGGGAAGGACUCUGAGCUGCGUACAGUGGUUUCAGAAACAGCAGCGACCUGCAGUGUCCUCAGACUGCUGGAGCAGGGACGGCUCUUGACGCCUCCCGGCCUGCCCGGCCUCCUGCCACACUGCAGUGGUGGCACCCUGGGCUCGGCCCUGCGCCCUCCCUCCAUGGCUAUGGCCAGCAAUGGCAGCAAUAGCAGCAGCAGCAGUGGUGGAGGCAGCACUGGCACUGCAGGCGGCAGCCCUCCUCUACCAGCUGUGAGCAGCUCAGGGACAGUAGCAGGCCUGCAGGGCUCGUCCGCAGCACACAGCCUCUUCAGCUUCCCCAUGCCAUCUUUACUAAGUGGUGUUGCCACACGAAUUUCCUCCAGCCCCCUGUCCAUGGCCGGCUCGCUGGCUGGCAACCUGCAGGAACUUUCCGCUCGCUACCUGAGCUCCUCUGCUUUCGAACCUUAUUCGCGGACUAAUGGCAAAGAAUCCAUGGAGAAGAAGAUUCUGGAAUGAUGCUUUGUUUUCUCACAAAUGGAUUGCGCUUUUUUUUGCAGGACAUGUGUUUUGGUUGUUUUCUUGACUUUCACUGUCUUUGUUUGGUUUCUCUCAGUCUCUGUCUGUGUCUGUAGACGUUCAUGUAUAACAAUUACACAUGUGGCAUCUUGUACAAGGAGCGACACACAGCUGCUAGCACGGGAAAUAUAACAGCACAAAACGUUCUUUGUUGCAGAGAUUUACAAAGAAAAUUUACACAUUUACACAGAGGUUCUACAUUUUUACAUUAGUACAAUUUUAAAAAAUAUAUUCUGAAGAACCCUCACAUAUUUCCUUAUAAAUUGUUCAAUUAGAAAUGAAUCUAUAAUCAAUUCUAUUCCAGAUUUCUAAAUACAAAUGAAUGUACUAUUUAUUGUACUCUGAAGCCUUGAGUAAAAAGGUUUGAACAAAAAUAGGCUUUUCAUAUAUCAUGAUGAUUUUAAUGGAUGAAUCUUUUAAAUGAACCCUAUGGAUGGGAUUAAAAGUUGUGACCCCCCAAUUUGAGAACCCCUGCUACAGAGAACAUGGCCGCUUCACUGCGUAAAAGCCUCUGGAAGAUGACGAGACACAUGGUGUAUUGUUGACAAAGUGAUUUUAGUUUUACUAUUUGUGUUUGUGUAGUUCCAUGUCACCGUGAUGAGUAGAUAAAAGACCACGAGUUUGUGAGAACCAGUGAACCAAUCAGAAUGUCACAAUCUAAACAGUACAAAGAACAGAGAAAAAAGCAAUGUGUGCGUUUGAAACACACUUCAAAGUCGGUGUCAGAAAGAAAAGCUAGUGCAGUGGACACUGAAUGCAAAAAGAUGUUAACAUACGUGUCACCAACCCAAAACAUAAUCCAGGAAGGAGUCAUGUGAGAGUGAGACGGUUCAAUCGUUCUGUGUUGUGUGUUUUCUCUGUGGUUUAUUGAGGAUUUUCUAACAUUUUACAACCAAACUCUUCACUUUAAGCUUUCUUCUGCGGGAUUGUGUACAGGAGUGUUUCUGUGCACCGUUUCUAUUCCACAUAGAAGAUAAGAGUUGCAGAGAGGAGACCUUUUAUGGGCUUUACAGCAUUACCUACAGCUUUCAUAAAAGAAAAUGAUUUAGGGAGACUGAUUCAUGUGAAGACUGGAUGGAAUUAUUGUAGUAUAAAAGUAUUGGAAAAGUACCUUGAAAUUGUUAUUUUAUUGUAAAUUAUUAAAUUCUGUAAGUAAUAGAUUAUUAGUAUCUGGAAAAUGAAUGUAUUUGCAGGGUUGAGGGAUAAAUCAAAAAAGCUCUUUGGUGCUGUCGUUGUGAAAUAUCUUGAAAUUUGUGAAACGUGUGAUACAAAUGUGUAUAUAUAUUAUGUAUAUGGAUACAGACAAAGUGUGUUUUUCAAUUUCUUUCAUACAUGUCUCUAUGAAUCAAUACCUCGUUUACACACUGACCUGAUAUGUAUGAGCCUGAAAGUUUUUUACACUAUUUUUUGGUAACCUGAGCUGCUGGUGUUGUUCCAUCAUCCUUUGAUUACAGUAAAACUAAUACAAACAACCUGUGAUUUAAAAGAUAACAGCAGGAUCUAAGACUGGGCUGAGAGGUUUACAUGAUACAGGCACAUUGACUUCAUUUUCCAAUUUAUUUUGAUUAUUUAUUAAUAUAAGAUGUCAGAAAACAGUGAGAAAUGUCUGUCUUG